AUGAUGAAACCCAGCGAGCCCACUGGAUCUGCAUUCCUAAAGGUCGAUCCUGCCUAUAUGCAACAUUGGAAGCAGCUUUUCCCUCAGCCCCAGCUGAAAGUCGGCUCCCUGACAGUGAUUCCCAACCAGCUGCAGCCACUCGAUAGAGCUGGCCCGGCCAGCGAGAGCCUCCGCCAGCACUCGGGACCUCUCACCUCGUCGUCGUCCUCAUCCGCCUCCUCGUCUUCCUCUUCGGCGUGCUCCCUGUCUUUCUCCGGCUUGACCCCGGCGUCCGUGCCGCAGAUCUCGGUGCUGGGGCAGCGGCCGGGUUGUGAGCCGUCCUUACCGCUCAACGGCAACCAAAGCAAAGAGCUGUGCUCAUCCGGGCCCGAGAGGACGCCGAGAUUCUCCUUCACCACAGAGGAUCUGGACUAUUACCUGUACGGGCAGCAGAGAAUGGAGAUCAUCCCUAUCAACAACCACACCGCGGAUCCCAACAACCGCUGUGACAUGUGUGCUGACAACCGGAAUGGUGAGUGCCCAAUGCAUGGGCCACUCCACUCACUGCGUCGCCUCGUGGGGACAAGCAGCAGUGCAGCCACAGCCCCACCUGAUGUGCCAUGUGGGCUGCGUGAGCUGCCUCGGGAGGUGUGCUUGUGUACGAGCACUGUGCCAGGCCUGGGCUAUGGCAUCUGUGCAGCACAACGCAUCCCACAGGGGACCUGGCUUGGACCUUACCAGGGAGUUGCCAUCUCCAGGGAAAAGGUGCAGGUUGGAGCUCUCAGGAACAGUCGUCACCUCUGGGAGAUAUAUGAUCAGGAAGGAUCACUACAACACUUCAUUGAUGGCAGUGACCCCAGCAAGUCAAACUGGAUGAGAUAUAUCCGAUGUGCAAGACAUUGUGGGGAACAGAACAUGACAGUUGUUCAGUACAGGUCAUGCAUAUUCUACAGAGCCUGUGAUGACAUCCCAAGAGGAAUGGAGCUUUUGGUCUGGUACAACGAUAGCUACACCUCAUUUUUUGGGAUCCCCUUUCAGUGCAUCGCACAAGAUGACAAUUUGAAUGUCCCAUCAUCUCUUGCUGACGUAAUGACCAGGCACGAGACGUUACAAUCGUUCAACAAAACUGGCAAAAUGCCACCCACGGGCAUAUACCGUUCCCUGAGGUUUCCACAGACAUCAUGCAGCAAAUCACUGUGUGACAAACCUGGGCCACAUGACUCCAUAGCUAACCAUAUCAAUACGAAGAACCAGCGAGUACUGGCAAGUCCAACCUCAACCAGCCAUUUAAGUGGAGAAUUCAGUGACUGGCAUCUAUGGAAAUGUGGACAAUGCUUUAAGACCUUUACCCAGCGGAUUCUUCUACAGAUGCAUGUGUGUCCACAGAACCCAGACAGGCCCUACCAAUGUGGACACUGCUCUCAGUCAUUCUCCCAGCCUUCAGAAUUGAGGAAUCACGUUGUAACCCACUCCAGUGACAGACCUUUUAAAUGUGGGUACUGUGGACGUGCCUUUGCUGGAGCUACAACAUUGAACAAUCACAUUCGAACACAUACAGGGGAAAAACCAUUUAAGUGCGAGAAGUGCGAUCGGAGCUUCACACAAGCCACGCAGCUGAGUCGACACCAGCGGAUGCCCAAUGAGUGCAAGCCAAUAACAGAGAGCACAGAAUCAAUUGAAGUGGAUUAA